GUUGACGUGUUGUGAGUAUAAUAAUGCAUGUAAUAUGAAUUGCCUGUUUUAGAAAACUUAAAUGUAAAUCCGAUGACACAAAUAUUCGUAUAAAUAUAUAUAUAAUAUGAUAUAUUAUUAUGUAUAUUGUAUAAUAUAUACAUAUAUAAAAAACAAGUACUUCCUACGUAUUUAUCAUUCACGUAACGCGCGCGUAUACAUUAUUAUAACACGCAUGAUAUUAUGAGUAAAAGGGAGGGGGGGACCGAGAAGAAAAAGAACGCGAUGUAGAGCACACGGUCGACAAACGCAUAUGAUAUGACAUAUAUUGUAAUAAAUAUACAUACCUAGGUAGUUUGUUUAGCCAAAAUAAUCUAGAAUUUUACAUAAUAAUAAUAUAAUAUAGACUUAUUUCAAACUUGUUUUAUUCUAAACAGAAGUUAUAUAAUAUUCUACGUCACGUUAUUAUUAUUAUUAUUAUUUAGGUGCAGCCGCCAAAAGUGUUACCCAUGCGCCCGGGCACACACUAUUUGGACCGUUUGCCCGACAACAGAUAACCAUAAUAAUAAUAUAAUAAUAUCAUAAUAUGAUUUUACCAAAUCGUGUCUGUAAACAAUUUAUAAAAACAGAAUAUAUCAUAAAAAUACGGACGCCAAAUCUGCAGCUAUAUUAUUAUGAUCGAGCCAGAAGACAAAAACGAUAGCGAAGAAAAUAGUAUGGUCGCCGUCCGACUAAGGGACACCAAUCUGGUGCCCAUCGUGUGGCAAGCGAGUCACAUGGUCGGGUACGCGCUGACGGCCGUGUUGGGCUUGGCCAGUGGCGUCAUGUUCUACCUGGCCGUGGAACUGUCGAGUCACCGCUGUUACCUGUACAACGCUGCUCUCAUCGUGCAGGAAGUGUCCAGGGAACAGAACCAGACGCUCCUGUCCGACGACCGGGUCUGGUACAUGAGCAGCAACUGUUACGACACGUUUUCGUUCUCGUUACAAGUGUGCAUCAGCUCGGUCGUGUGGAUGAGCAUGUUCCUGGUAUUUGGCCGCGGCGGAUCUUCAGUCACCGAGUUUGAUCACAGCAAAUACUUCAGGUCCGUUGUCUUAUACUCAUUUGCAAACUCUGAGCGGGCUACUAUAUUAUAACACCGAUCUAUCCCGAUCUGACCUCAUUUUUUGGUACCUAUAUACAAGGAUUCGAUAUGCCAAAGUGUGUUUUCAGAGUCGUCGUGGAGUUGGUUUGGAAUGCAUCAGCUGGAAUUGAAUGUCAGAUCCUUGCGCGACAGACGUAUUUAAAGUGAUUGUUUCAGGGUUUGUUAGUUUAUCUGUAACGGCGAUGUUAAUGCAUACUUUGGGGUUUAUUCCCAGUUUUACAUGCAGCAAUUGCAUGUGAAUAUUUUUCCUUUCAGAGUUAUUAGGAAAAUUAAAUUUAAGUAUUAUAUUAUUAUGUAUAUUAUCGUAUACUGUUAUCGCUAGUACCCACGGUCUCUUCCCGAGAAUGUCCCUGCACGAAACAAUUUCUGUACUAGUCCGUAGUUGUAUUUAUUUGUAUUAUUUUUUUUCCUAUUGAACAGUGACAUGGUUGGGCAGUGGCAAGUGGUCUUCUUCGCCAGUUGUUUCAAUUUUUGGUAUUUUAUAUAUUCGAUCGUAAUCUCUUUACAGUUUACCAACGGCUAUCUAUUAUUUGUUUCAACCCUAUUAUACCUACCGGUGGACAACUACUUUCGCAAUCGAUUGUAAGUAUAGGAUCAAAAUUAACCUCCACCCCUGCUGUGUCGACGACUGCACUAUCGAUUUGAAUAUUUUAUGUUAAGUAUUUUGUUUCAGUGAAAAAAUUGAGAAGCCAUACUACAUCAGAACUAUAGUGUUAUUAUGGUGUCAAAGUUGUUUGUGUACGUUCAACUUUCUAUUGAUUUUUUUCCGAUGUGCUAUGGGUGUAGACUUCGACGUAGAUUUCGACUAUGACGAUGGCGACAACAACGAGCCGGUCGCCGGUCCUUCAAAUCAAACGAAAAUAAAAAGUAUGCAGCCUAUGAUCUUGUACGAUGAUAUCAAGCUAGAUUAUGUCGCGGUCGGCGUGUAGGCAUCGUGAAAAGUCUGAAGACAAAUUAAUGCUCUCAGAAUUUAUAAAAAUAAUAAUUUAGUAUUUUAUCAGCGUUGAAACGAUGCUUUACGACGUAUUUUCAAAUAUAUUAUUGUAUUAUUAUAAUAUUAUAAUAAAAUAUAUAUAUUUAUUAUUUAUUCGUCAUUAACCUCGUUAGAGUUUUAACAUAAUAAUUUAUUGUGAUGACUAAUGGCUAAUGUUAUUCGUCUAAAAUCAUUCCCCAAAACUACCGUAAAAAAAAUCACUCCAGCAUUUUCCUUUAUUUAAAUUGUAUAUACAGUUUAGUAGAAACAUGGUCUGAUGGUUAUAUUACACACUUGUCCAAAACAUUUUUAAGACUUAUUUUUCAAUAAAAAAAAAAUAUAUAUAUACCAAUAACCUCGAUAAUGCUAUCAAGACAUGGAUUUUAUCAGACAAGCAACGUGACAAUUGUAUAGGUUCAUUAGAUUAGAAAAAGGACAAAUAAAAUAAAAUUUGUACGAUUUGUACGUACCUAUCCAACACAUACCACAAUCAAAAAAAUAAGAUAACCUGCAGGGACCAGAAAAUAGCUACAAAAUAAAUAAUUAUAAUGAUAACUAGUAACUGUUAUUACGUACGUACAACCAAAGUGCAGCCCUAUAGGUACAAUUGUAAAAAUAAAUAAACGUAAUGCAAUAAUAUUUACAUAAUUUAUUAAUGUGUUAGUGUGUAAAAUGUAAUUUGUUAAAAUAUAACAAUUUUAAAUUAAUGAAAAUAUAAACAGCGGGAAGGUUCUUUUUUCGGCGUUUGGGGAUGGAUUUUUUUAUUUUAUUACAUAUAGACAUAUAUCACAUAUAGACCAUUUUGUAUCCUUUACAUAUUUUUAUAUAUAUUAAUAAAUCGUUACAUAAAUUGUGAUGUUAAACAUCAUAAUAUUAUAGUGACAUAGUAUAGCAUGGACUUUAGUGCGGUUAUUCGUUACAUCGAUAUAGCGACGGUGAAAAAUAGACAGAAAUAACAGACGAAAUGGGCAGAACGAAACGCGAAAACGAAUAUAAUGAAAUAUACCGUUUGCACGUUACGAAUUUUUGUAGGUCGUCGAAUGUGGGUAAAUUUUUUUUCGGUUACACGAAAAAUAAAACUAUUCCGGCGGUUUCGGUCGUCGCUGUAAAUUAGUAGUAAAAGAAGACGAGAUGAAAAAAAAUCAUAUAAAAGGAACGAGCCGGUCACAGGUCACUAACGGGGUUAGAUGAGCGUAGUGGGUGUCGGUCGGGUGGCGGCGGCGUUAUAAUAUUAAACUAGUGAUGAUCGAUACGAAUUCCUCGAUAAUUAUUAUUGAACAAAUUGAUUUGGGAAAACGAAACGGGUGAAGGAAAAAAAAAUUCUACU